GCAGCACAAUCAGCAUGCUGUUCAGCCCGAGUGUCCUCCUGUGGACGGUAUCCAUCGGUCUCCUUGUGUACCGAUGCUAUCGGUUCAUGUUCGAGCGACCGCCGAAUUUUCCCAGCGGUCCACCGCGUCUGCCCCUGCUUGGAGGUUAUCUGAUAAUGCUGCUGGUCGACUAUUGGCACCUUCACAAAGCAGCAUUGAAGUUGAGCCGAUUCUACCGGACCAAGAUUUUGGGGCUCUAUUUGGGCGACUUCCCAUCGAUCGUCGUCAAUGAUUUGGAUAUCGCAAAGGAAGUGCUGAUCCGGGCGGAGUUCGAUGGCCGUUCGGAUCUAUUCCUGGCUCGGUUGCGCGAACGAAACUUCCAACGGAGGGGAAUAUUCUUCACGGAGGGGCCGCACUGGAAGGAGCAGCGGCGAUUCGUGCUGCGCCAUCUGAGGGACUAUGGUUUUGGGAGGCGGUUUGAAGAUUUGGAAGCGGAUACACAGGCCGAGCUGACGACGCUGUUGGAUGUGUUGAAAUACGGGGCCACGUUCGAGCACGAACGGUUAUUUGCCCGAGGUGGUUACGUGAAGUGUCCGGAAGUGUUCUACGGGUGUUUGGCCAACGUGUACUUUCAGGUGGUCUGCGGAGAGCGGUUCCCUCGGAAAGAUAUGGGAGAAUUGUUUGAAACCGGCCGCUACGCGCUUCACUUCCAGCAGAAAGGCGAUGAUUACGGCACUAUUCUGAGCUACCUUCCCUGGCUUAAGGACUACUUCCCAGAGGCCACCAACUAUCGAAUACUAAGGGAAGCCAACAUCAAAAUUAAUGAACUGGUAGAAGCGAUGGUAAAUAAAUAUCUAACCUCGUACGACGAGAACCACAUCCGGUGCUUCCUGGACCGGUACAUUCACGAAAUGAAGAAAACCACACCGCUGGAAGGAGAUGCUUUCACCUUUCAAUACGACCAACUGAUAAUGAUUCUGUGGGACAUGCUCCUCCCAACUCUGUCCGGUACGGCCAUCCAACUUUCAAUGCUUCUCCAACGACUACUCCUCAAUCCACGCGUUGCCCUAAAAGUCCAGCAGGAGCUGGAUGACGUCGUCGGACGAGGACGUCUCCCCACCCUGGACGAUCGCGUUAACUUGUCCUACACGGAAGCUACCCUGCGGGAAGCACUCCGGAUCGAUACCCUCGUUCCGUCCGGUAUUUCCCACGUGGCUCUCAAGGAUACCAAACUCCGGGGAUACGACAUCCCGAAGGGAUGCUUCGUUUUGCUCGGAUUGGAUGUAAUCCACAACCAAAAGGAAUUUUGGGUCGAUCCAGAGUGCUUUCGACCAGAACGAUUUUUGGACGAACGUGGAGCACUUUCGCUAAAAAAAGACAUCUCCGUACCGUUCGGCGCCGGGAAGCGGCUGUGUGCGGGGGAAACCUUUGCUCGCAAUACUAUGUUUCUGAUAUUUUCCGCUUUGAUGCAGAAUUUCCACCUGAAACAAAGACCCGGGGAUCCACUGCUGGAUGCAGGAAGCAGAAUUACUGGAGUGAUUACAUCGACAGAACCGUUUUGGCUCGGGUUUGAACCGAGGUAAAUCGAGAAAAGGAAAUUUCAAUCGACGUGGGAACAGGGAUUGUAGCUUUAUAUAUUGUAGUUUGUGACGUAGAAUGGAGGGAAAAUAUGAGAAUUACCUUGACGUAGACCUUAAGGCGGAACACUUCAGCUGAUUUUUAAUUCACCACAUAUCACAAUAAGAACCACUAUAGUUAUAACAUUAACUUAAAUUUUGCAAUCUACGCACCGAACCGGCGAGUUGUGUUUUGAUUUUGUUGCGACUGUCGUAAUGUUAUUAAACAAAACCAACAACACAAACGAGUGCAAACAAAAAAGGAAUCAGAUGCGUGGAUCGAAAAGCUGAUUGUGUCCAAAAGAAAAAGGAAUACAAUGAAAAAAAAAUCCACAAGUA